CAUAGAAAAAUAAAAGUCCAAAAUCACAUGCUUCACAUUUCGACGUUGCUUCACCCUCUCUCUCUCUCAAAAUACGAUUGCAUUGUAUGGCAGCCAAUUCCGGGUUCGGCACCAAUCAUUAUACAGAAAUACAGUUGUCUAAACAGUCUUUUAUUUGCACAUAUAUGGUGUGUUUAUUGGUGUAUUCUGUGCACACACGAUAAGUAAACAAUUCGAAAUUAGACUUCACAAAGGGGAUAACUUAUAACAACCCAAUAAUUCAUGUCAGCUUCACAAAGUGUAUUUAUCAUGCGUGCUUUAUAGCAUUUAAUAAUCUCUGACAGAAUAAGUUGUUCUCUACAUAUUAGAUAGCUUCUCAAAAAAUAUGUAGAUUAGAGAGAGACAAGUCAACUUUCAAGGCAAGGGGUGGUUUUGAGAGCGACAGACUGAUAUCCCAGAUCAAAUAAUGUUGUCUACAUAUUUCUCAUACUUGUUUUAUCAAUAAUGGAACUCCACCACCACCCCUCCACGUUUUGCCUUCCCAUUGGUCAAGAAAAGUAUGUAUAACUCAUCUGCAUUUUGUCAUUUGGUUGUGUGAGAGAGGCCAAUGGAUCAAGAACAAGACUGUGGUAGUUCAAGAAAUUUGGAAACUGUGAUUGCAGUAGGCGGCAGUGACUUGGAAGGUGGAAACGAGGCGUGUUCGUCUUGCUCGAUGAUCGAGCUCAAUGAGAAGGUCUGUAGAGUAUGCCAUUUGAGUGCAAAGGACAUUGGCAAGAGCGCAGUUGAGUUGAUCGAGCUUGGCUGCGGAUGUAAAGGUGAGCUUGGAUUUGCUCACUUGCAAUGCGCCGAGGCUUGGUUUAGAGUUAAAGGGAAUAGAUUGUGUGAAAUAUGUGGCGAGGCUGCAAGAAAUAUAAGUGGUGUUGGCCACAGCAAUUUCAUGGCGGAGUGGAACGAGAGGAGAUGGAGCGAUGGGAGCAACGGCACAUCAGAUGAAAGCAGACGAUGUUUGCAGGGCCAGCCGCUUUGUAAUUUCUUGAUGGCUUGUCUAGUUAUAGCAUUCAUUCUCCCUUGGUUUUUUCGGGUUAAUUUGUUCUGAUUUAAUCUGCAUUUCCCUAAAUUAAUAUCAACACUCUCAGUAGCUUCA